AGGCCACAGGCAGACAGAUGUUGACAAAGAAGUCUCUUCUCAAACCAUGUUCAGAUAGAUUUCUGCCCACUGCCUAUAUAAAUAGGAGCAGAGGGCCGGUCACCUCUGUAACCACCGGCGGUAGCAGAAGAAGCCGCAGCCAGAGGGGCCUCGGAGCGGAGGAGGCACUGCCUACUCAAGAAGCUGCCUGACCCGGCGGCUCCCCCAGACGCCGGCUUCGCCUUGGCCCUCUUUCUUUUCCUUCCUCUCCUCCUUGGAUUUCCCCCUCUUUUCCUUAAUCACUUCCUUCUCUCUCCCGGUGGACUUAGGUCACUUUUUCCUCCACCCCCACUUUAGCUUGUCGCCUCCUCUUUCUUCCUUCGACAUCUCUCUCUCCUCGCCCCAUUCUCUCGGUGUCACGCUCCCUCCUAGUUCUGUGCGUCUACAAACUUUUGAACAGAAUCCUGGCCGCAGCAAACAAGUCCUCCAGCUCCUCCUGCUGCUCCUGUUCGUUCCUGCGGCCUCCCCCCCAGACACUAACACCAGACGGCGAUGCCUCUUGCGUUGUGACUCCAGCGCAGAAACUUGGAGGAACCCUUUGCUAACCGUCCUACUUGGCAGCAAAUCCUUUCUAGCGGCGAAUGGCCAUGUGUAGCGGAACAAGGCUGGCCCUGCUGGUCUACGGGAUAAUAAUGCACAGCAGCGUGUACUGCUCACCGGACACCACCGGGCUCCCGUUUCCCGGGAUCAGGUCGGAGGAUGAGGCGUACGACGAGGACGGAAACCAGCUGCAAAACUUCUAUGACUUGGAGCCGCCCCGCAUAGAGAGACCCGCCUCUGUGCACCGCGAAACCCACGCGCUCAACCACCCGGGGGAGAUAAGAGAUGUGGCCCACGCGAUCCUUCACAAGGCCUACCGCAAAGUGCUGGACCAGCUGUCUCGCAAGAAAUUACUGCAGAAGCUCGUGGCCAAGGGCGUGGGGACAAUUCAGCGCAAUCGCAUGGACGGGAUGGUCAUAUCGCAUGGACAGAGUGGCAUUCGAAGCGAUAACGCAAAAGAUGACUCGGAUCCGCUCUCCAAGCGCCACUCAGACGGAAUCUUCACGGACAGCUACAGCCGCUACAGGAAACAAAUGGCUGUCAAGAAAUACUUGGCUGCUGUCCUAGGGAAAAGGUAUAAACAAAGAGUUAAAAACAAAGGACGCCGAAUAGCGUAUUUGUAGCGAUGAGUUACCAGCUACCUUGUGUAUACAACCCUGACACAAUGAAAAGUCAUUUUCCUUACAAACUGGAACAGUCAUCGCUCAUGUGUUCUAUCCAAACAUUUAUUUAUGUAUGAAGUAAAGCCAUUAAAUGAAUAUUUUGAUAAUAA